AUGUCUUCCGUUUUUGGGUGCGGAAAGAUCAUAACCUCCGAUGAAUAUCUCCUUCAAAUCGAUGGUUUCCUACGAGUACACAAAGAUGGCCGAUGUGAAAGAUUCGUCGGCAAUAAGACCGUCGCCGCCGGAAUCGAUCCUUCAACCGGAGUCCAAUCGAAAGACGUCGUCAUCUCGCCGGAAACCAACCUCUCUAUAAGGCUUUACUUGCCCAAAACCACCUCUCCAAAUCAGAAACUUCCUGUUCUGAUUUAUUAUCACGGCGGUGGUUUCGUGGUGGAAUCCGUCAAAUCUCCUACUUAUCACCCUACACUUAAUUUUCUCGCCGCGAAGUCCGGCGUAAUCGUCGUCUCCGUCGACUACCGGCUGGGGCCGGAGUAUCCUCUCCCCAUUGGAUACAACGACUCGUGGGAAGCGAUCAAGUGGGUCGCCACCCAUGGUAAAGAAGGUGGUCCAGAGGCAUGGUUAAACAGUGCAGAUCUUCAGAAGGUGUUUCUCGCCGGAGAUAGCGCCGGGGCGAAUAUUGCCCACAACAUGGCAAUCCGGUUCGGUUCAGACCCGAUUGACGCAAUAAAGCUGGAGGGUAUCAUUCUUCUCCACCCGUUUUUCGGAGGAGAAGACCCGAUUGGAUCGGAAUGUGGGAAACACAAGCAGUUGAAAGCUUUUACCGAUCAGUUCUGGAAGUUGGCGAAUCCUUCAGGCAGUGGGUUGGAUGACCCGUUGUUUAACCCGGAAAAGAACCCGAAUCUUGGGGGAUUGGGGAGCUCUAAGAUUCUGGUAUGUGUUGCAGAGAAGGAUUCUUUGAGGGAUAGAGGGUUAAAUUACAGGGAGUUGAUGGAAAAAAGCGGAUGGAGGGGAGAAUUGGAGAUGAUGGAGUCCAAAGAAGAUCACGUGUUCUUUCUCUUCAAUCCGUCGUGUGAGAAUGCUUGUACUUUGCAUGAGAGAGUGGGUGCUUUCAUCAAUCAGUGAUAAGUGAUGACAAGUGUCGAUGUUGAAUAAUUGUACGGGAAUGUAAUAUGUCAAAUCAUGCAAUUAA